AUGGAGAUGAAGCAUCAAGCAAUGAUGUCUGAGAGCUCACAAGGCUUGGUUCCUGGACUGGACAGGAACCACAGCAGUUAUGGGUGCUCUAACCAAGACAAGAAGAAGAGAUUGUCAACUGAUCAGUUAGACUCACUUGAGAGGAGCUUUCAAGAGGAGAUAAAGCUGGACCCUGAUAGGAAGAUGAAGCUUUCAAGAGAGCUUGGCCUUCAGCCUAGGCAAAUUGCUGUUUGGUUCCAAAACAGAAGAGCCAGGUGGAAGGCCAAGCAGCUUGAGCGCUUGUAUGAUGCUCUUAAACAAGAGUAUGAUGUGGUCUCCAAAGAGAAGCAAAAGCUCCAAGAAGAGGUCAUGAAAUUGAAGACAAUUCUGAGAGAUGAAGUUGCUAGGAAACAAGUUUCCACCGGCUACACUGAAAUCUCCGGUGAAGAGACGGUGGAGAGCACGUCGGUCGCCAUUCGGAGCUCUAACAAAGGGGGAGGGACGAGCCAACAUCAGGUGGCAGAGUGCAACUACCUCUUCAAUGUUGAGGAAUAUAACCCAGUAUCGCCACCUUUCUGGGGAGCUCUGCCUUCUUAUCCCUAAGCUAAGAGGCUGUUGUUGUUGUUGUUGAAGUUACUUAUAACUUUAAUUUUCUCAGGGUUCUGCUUUAGUUAUUAGCUUAGUUUGAGGAACUAGUACUUUACUUUCUUCUGGCUCUCUGGCUCGGUACUAAAUUAGAGAAUUGACAUUACAUUCACCCAAGUGGACCUAAUGAUCAGCAUGACAUUUAUUAACUUU